GCAGUCCCAGGCAGGCGGCCUCCCUCCCUAGCAGCCAUGGCAGAGCGGAGGGAGCAGCUCCAACCGCCGGAGAAGAAAGAGGAGGAAGUGCCCGAUUACUUCGCGGCCCUCGGCACCGGCAGCCCCAAGCCCCGGCAGAAGUACGGAGGGAUGUUUUGCAACGUGGAGGGCGCCUUCGAAAACAAGACGCUGGACUUCGAAUCGCUCGGCGGAGGGAGGCGAGGGAGCAGCAACCAGAAGCUCAGUCGAGGGGACCUCAGCCAGCUCUCCAGCGGGUCGGAGGGGCAGAGCGAAGCCAGCAGCGGGAGCCAAAAUACCCCGGUCCUCACACCCGCGGGGCCGCCGUCAGUUGGAGUAGCAGAGGAAUUGCCCAAUGGCUGCCAUCAGAGUGACCGGCUGCUCAUCAAAGGAGGAAAGAUUGUCAACGACGAUCAGUCAUUUUAUGCAGAUAUCUAUGUGGAAGAUGGCUUGAUUAAACAAAUUGGGGAAAAUCUGGUUGUUCCUGGAGGUGUGAAAAUGGUUGACGCUUACGGCCAGCUAGUUAUGCCAGGUGGGAUCGAUGUCCACACUAGAUUGCAGAUGCCAGUGUUGGGAAUGACCUCUGCUGAUGACUUCUAUCAAGGAACAAAAGCAGCUCUGGCAGGAGGGACCACCAUGAUUCUUGACCAUGUGUUCCCUGAAUCUGGGUCAAACCUUCUGACCGCCUAUGACCAGUGGAGGGAGUGUGCUGACAGUAAAGCAUGUUGUGAUUAUUCUCUGCAUAUUGACAUCACACGCUGGCAUGAGAGCAUCAAAGAAGAGCUGGAGGCUCUCGUCAAAGACAAAGGUGUGAACUCCUUUCUUGUUUUCAUGGCUUAUAAAGACAAACUCCAGUGCACUGAUGCUCAGAUGUAUGAGAUAUUCAGUAUUAUUCGAGAUCUGGGUGCCAUUGCCCAAGUACAUGCUGAAAACGGAGACAUCAUUGAUGAGGAACAAAAAAGACUUUUGGAGCUGGGGAUUACUGGUCCAGAGGGUCACGUUCUCAGUCAUCCAGAAGAGGUUGAAACGGAGGCCGUGUUCCGUGCCAUUACAAUAGCGAAACAAGCCAAUUGCCCCUUAUAUGUCACAAAAGUCAUGAGCAAGGGGGCUGCAGACGUCAUCGCUCAAGCCAAGAGAAAAGGCACAGUUGUGUAUGGAGAGCCAAUUACAGCCAGUCUUGCUACAGAUGGCUCUCAUUAUUGGAGCAAGAACUGGGCCAAGGCUGCUGCCUUUGUGACAUCUCCUCCCAUUAGCCCAGAUCCUACAACGCCCGAUCAUCUCACUUCCCUCUUAGCGUGUGGGGAUCUUCAAGUGGUCGGCAGCGCUCACUGCACCUUCACCACAGCGCAGAAGGCCGUCGGAAAGGAUAACUUCACCCUCAUCCCAGAAGGAACAAACGGCAUUGAAGAACGAAUGUCGGUCAUUUGGGAAAAGUGCGUGGCAACGGGGAAGAUGGACGAAAAUGAAUUUGUAGCAGUGACCAGUACAAAUUCAGCAAAGAUUUUCAACUUCUACCCCAGGAAGGGACGGGUUGCUGUGGGUUCCGAUGCCGAUUUGGUGAUUUGGAACCCGAAAGCUACAAAGAUCAUCUCUGCAAAAACUCACAACUUGAAUGUAGAGUACAACAUAUUUGAAGGAACAGAAUGUCACGGUGUCCCUACAGUGGUGAUAAGCCAAGGGAAGGUUGUGCUGGAAGAUGGAAACCUCUUUGUCACCCAGGGCGUCGGCCGUUUCAUCCCUCGAAAGACAUUCCCUGAUUUUGUUUACAAAAGGAUAAAAGCAAGAAACAGGCUUGCAGAAAUUCAUGGUGUUCCUCGUGGGCUUUAUGACGGACCAGUUCACGAUGUCAUAGUAACUGCUAAAGCUGUGGCCCCAACUCCUACCUCAAGAAUAGCUACCUGUUCAGGCAAAAUACAGGUUCCUCCCAUCCGUAACCUACAUCAGUCAGGUUUCAGCCUGUCUGGAUCUCAAGCCGAUGACCAUGUUGCAAGACGUACUGCACAGAAAAUUAUUGCUCCCCCGGGUGGACGCUCCAAUAUUACAUCUCUGUCAUAAUGAUUCAAUAUUUGAUCCAUAUGCAGACAUAACUGUGAUUAGAUCUGACUGGGCAUGAUCAGGUACAUUCAGGCUGCAAUCCUACACCCAUUUACUUGAGUGUAAGCCCCAUUGAACUUGAUGAGAGUUACUUUGGAGUCAAUGUGUGUAGGAGUGCACUGUCAGAAACACUUUUAAGUCCCCUUGCUUGAAUCAUAGCCUACUGAAAUCAGUGGGACUUGCCCUCUUUCCCCCCUGUUGGGGCAGAUAGUUUGUAGAAGUGCGUUUAACAUUCCUUUAAAAUUACUGUAUCAUUGAAAGACUCUGCCUUGCCUACACUCCCCAAGCACCUCUUGCAUUACAAACGGCAAUCACUGAGUCUGUGAUCCUUAAGAAGAACCUUUU